UUGUAAGUAAGAAGAAUAAAAAACGAAUUCAUAUCUUUUUUGUUUUUUUUUUCGCUUUUGCGCUCUGAUAACUCUGUGACGAUAACAAUGGUGAUGGUGAUGGUGAUGCUGAUGCUGAUGCUGAUGCUGAUGCUGAUCCUGACGAUAAUAGUGAUGGUGAUGGUGAUGGUGACGACGAUGCUGAUGGUGAUGGUGAUGGUGAUGGUGAUGGUGAUGGUGACGACGAUGACGAUGACGAUGGUGAGGGUGAGGGUGAUGGUGAUUGAGAUCGAGACGAUGGCAAUGAUGGCGAUGAUGGUGAUGAGAUAAUGGUGAUGGUCACGUUGAUGCUGAUGACGGCGAUAAUGGCGAUAAUGGUGAUGAUGGUGAUGAUGGUGAUGACAUGAUGGUGACAAUGAUGGUGAUGACGGUGAUAAUGACGACGACGAUGACAAACAAUUAUCAAGAUCAUUCUCUCGACAUAACGUCAACACAAAAUCAAGAAGAAGCAUAGUGUACAAACGACUUUCAGACCUCGCUCUCUCAACACAAAAUGAGCAUGCAUAGUAGUGCAACUGUCUCCUGGAGUGCAAUAUCUCGUCGAACGCCCCGCUAGCAUCAUGGAUUCUAUCCGCCUUUACCAUUGUAUAUAGAUUGCACAUAGAUAAUGCAUCAGCACUGUCGUUCAGAAAGCGAUAAAUUCUAUACAUAGCU